GUGAAAGUUUCUGCUGCUGCGGAAGUGAAAGGUGUGGGAGCGACGCAGACAUCGCCCUGCUGAGUGGGGAACCAGCCGGCGGCAUGACGGAGGAGUUGAGUCCCCAGCUGGUGGACUACUUCGUGGUGGCGGGUCUGUCCCCCGGGGGGACGUGGCGGCCGCUGGACGAGGACGGGAGGUCGUCUUCGUCCUGCUCGUCCUCCUCGUCCUCCUCCACCCCCCCGUCCCCCCGGGCCCCCGAACCCGUCACCGACCUGGUGGUCAUCGCCCGCGGCCUCGGGGAGGACGUCCCCGAGGGAUUCACCUGCAUCGAGAAGACGCUGGGAGGACACCAGGCAGAGCUGAGCGCCGGCCUGCUCAACAACCCGCACCUGUACCUGUGCUACCGCCGGGGGAGGGACAAACCGCCCCUGCUGGAGAUCGGGGUGCUGUACGAGGGCCGGGAGCCGCUGAAACCGGGCUGGUACGUGAUCGAGACGACGCCCUACAGCCGCUCGGCCAGCCUGAGCUCGGGCGGCGGCCCGGCGGCCCACCGGGUCUUCCUCACGUACCGCCGGGCCCCGGACUCCCAGGGCCUGCACGCGCUGGGCGUCACCGACAUCGCCCUGCUGCUGCCGGGCAAGGGCGAGGUGGCACCGCACACCUUCUGCCGGGUCGACAAGAACCUCAACACGGGCAUGUGGGGUCCAGCGCUCUACGUCUGCUACAAGAGAGCCGUGGCCAAAGCCAACGCCCUGGUGUUUGAAGCUGGUCUGAUCAGCCGGUACCCGCAGCAGGACCUGGACUCGUUCCCCCUGCCCGAGUCCGUCCCGGUCUUCUGCCUCCCCAUGGGGGUGACGGUGGAGUCGUGGCCGCCCAACAGCAAGUACCAGCUGCCCGUCUUCUCCACCUUCGUCCUCACGUCCGCCUGCGGAGACAAGGUUUACGGCGCUGCUAUCCAGUUCUACGAGUCGUUCUCUGCGGAUCAGCUGACGGAGCGUCAGUGCGUCCGUCUGGGUCUGCUCAGCGUGGUGGACCGCCGGCCCAUCGCCGGCCGAACCCUCCACGCCAAGAAAAGCAUCUGCGUCCUGUCUCACUGGCCGUUCUUCACCGUCUUCCAGAAGUUCCUCACCUUCGUCUACCGAUACUCCAUCUCCGGACCGCACGUGCUGCCCCUCGAGAAACACGUCUCCAGCUUCAUGCACAAUGUCCCGUUCCCGUCGCCCCAGCGGCCCCGGAUCCUGGUCCAGCUAUCUCCGUAUGACAACCUGCUGCUCUGCCAGCCCGUCUCCUCCCCCCUGCAGCUCAGCGGGGCCAGUUUCCUGAAGCUGCUCCAGAAUCUGGGUCCGGACAAUUCCUGCACUCUCCUGCUGGCCGUCCUGACAGAACACAAGCUGCUGCUGCACUCGCUCAGACCUGACGUUCUGACGGCUGUUAGUGAAGCCCUGGUGUCUAUGUCGUUCCCGCUGCGCUGGCUCUGCCCCUACAUCCCGCUGUGCCCCCUGCAGAUGGCUGACGUGCUGCUGGCCCCCAUGCCCUUCAUCGUGGGGGUUCACUCCAGCUACUUCGACCUGUACGACCCCCCGGCAGAGGUUCUGUGUGUGGACCUGGACACCAACACCAUCUUCCAGUCCGAGGUCAAGAAUCCGUUGUCAUGGCGAUCGUUGCUGAGGAAACCCGUCAAGUCGCUGUUCCACACGCUGAGCAGCCUGUACCGGACCCUGGAGAAGAUCUGCAGCCCGGGCCAGGAGGAGGCCACGCUGGAGUUCCUGCUCACCGACUACGACCAGAUCUACCGGCGGCAGAAGCAGCUGGAGCUGGAGAUCCAGGAGGCUUUUCUGCGCUUCAUGAGCUGCCUGCUACGCGGCUACCGCUCCUUCCUGCUGCCCAUCACGACCGCGCCGUCCGACACCGCCACGGACUGCAGCUCUCUCUUCAACCUGCAGGGGUUCCUGAAGUCCCGGGACCGGAACCAGCAGAAGUUCUACACCCAGAUGUCCCGGACCCAGAUGUUCACCCAGUUCAUCGAGGAAUGUUCCUUCGUCAGCGACCGACACGCCUGCCUGGAGUUCUUCGACGAGUGUGUGCAGAAGGUGGACGUGGAGAAACCCGAGGACGUCCGUCUGAUCGACCUGGACGAGACUCACGGUGGAGAACACACGGUGUUCAUCAUGCCCCCCGAGGAACCGCAGGAGGAGGACGGGUCUGAGAGCCCCGCCCUCUACAGCUACGAGACCUUCCCCACCCUGAGGCCAGAACUGUUUGAGCGACCGCAGGACCAGCUCCGCCUCCCGGCCAGAGGCUCCGCCCCCAGCAGCCCCGCCCCCCGCCGCACCAAGCAGGAGAUCAAGCUGGCCCAGAAACAGGCCCAGAAGUACUCGUCGGUGCCGGACAUGUGGUCCAAGGUUCUGCUGGGCCACGUGUACGGACUCUGGUUCCUCUACCUGCCCACCUUCGUCCGGGCCGAGCCGGCCAAGGUUCCGGCCCUGCACGCUGCCUACGACGUGCUGAAGCACAUGGAGACCCGGAAGGUGGUGCUGCCGGACGAGGUGUGUUACCGGAUCCUCAUGCAGCUCUGUGGUCAGUACGGUCAGCCGGUCCUGGCGGUUCGGGUCAUGUUGGAGAUGAAGAAGGCUGGAGUUACACCCAACACCAUCACCUACGGAUACUACAACAAGGCCGUGCUGGAGUGCAAGUGGCCGUCCACCAACCAGGGCGGGCGUCUCCGCUGGGCCAAGCUCCGGAACGUCCUGCUGGCUGUGGCCCAGUUCAGACGACCAAUCAGGCGGCGGCAGAAGAGCGGCUCGGUGGGCAGCAGAGGAGAAGCCGUGGCUACGCCCGACCCCAGGCCCCGCCCACACUCCUCCCUGAUUCGCCAGGCCAGCUGGAGCGGUUUGAGUGAAAGCUCCAGCCACGAGUCCCUGACUGGUCCGUUGGUGAAAAGCAGCAGCCUGAGCAGCAUGAAGACGUCCAGCAGAACCAGAACCUCCAGUAAAACCCUCCAGACUGCAGAGACCAACGGCUGCAGGGACCCCGGUAGCUCCAAGCCCCCCCUGGGCCGGCGGGACGCCUCCCCGCGGCCGGGGCCCCCCGGUGGUCCGGUGGCCCCCCCCAGGGGGACGGCCCUUUCCGGGGGGGUCCGGGUCCCCCGCAGCCAGGUCUGCCUGUCCACCUUCUACAAGGACUGUGGGCGGCCCAGCGAGCCGGAGCCGGACUGCAGCUGCCAGCCGGAGGACCGGGACGCCAGGUCCUCGGAGUCCCGGGAGACCCUGUCCCGGUCCAAGGUGGUGGACGAGAACUCCAACACGGUGUCGUCUCCGAGCCGCGGGGGUCUGGCGGGGAAACUGCAGCAGCUGCUGACGCCGACCAAGCACCGCGCCUCGGUGCGCCGCGCCGCCAGCGUGGGCGACCGCCGGCCCGGCGGGGGAGGGGGGGGAGGAGGAGGAGGGACGGGCAUCGGCCGACGCGUCUCCGACCAGAGACAGUCCAGGAAAGCUCAGGUCACGGAGACGCUGCUGAAGGCCAAGGAGAGGCUGGUCAACGCCACCUCAGAGAGCUCGUUGUCGGUAGGAAGUGACCUGGACCUGACGGACACGCCCCCCCCGGCGUUCCCGCUCCGCCGGUCCUGGGACGGCGGCCAGGAGGGAGCCGGGAUGGAGGUGCUGAUGUCCAGCUGCUCGCUGUGCCGCAGCUGCAACUCUCUGGUCUACGACGAGGAGAUCAUGGCCGGCUGGACGUCCGACGACUCCAACCUCAACUCGUCCUGCCCGUUCUGCUCCGCCUCCUUCGUGCCCUUCCUGAACGCCGAGAUCUGCGACCUCGGACCCGUCAGCAGUGCGGAGCGCUGCCACUGGAACCUGGAGGACGAGGUGGAGAGCGCCGUGAGGCCCCCCAGCACCCAGGGGACCCCCCCCCGGCACCAGUGCAACGGCCUGAGCGACGACUCCAGCUCCGAGACCAGCAGCUACUCGGAGACCAGCAGAACCACCACGGGCUCGCUGGCCGCCAUGCCCCCCCAGGUGGCCGUGGCCUACCUGAGCCCACUGGUCCUGAGGAAGGAGCUUGAGAGUCUGCUGGAGAACGAGGGCGAGGCGGUUCUGGCCCAGAACCAGUUCCUGGAGAACCACUCCAUCAUCUUCUGGAACCUGCUCUGGUACUUCCAGAGACUGGGCCUGCCCUGCAACCUGCUGCAGCUGGUGAGGGGGUCGCCGCUGGUCAGACACUUCACCCAGUCGGAGAAUUCGGCGGUGAGAGUCCGGCUCCUCUGGGACACCCUGGCCCCCGACACGGACCAGUGGCCCCCCCUCUACAUCCUGUGGAGGAUCCACAGUGGCGUCCAGAGGCGGAGCUACAGCUGGCGGAGGCACAACCACCCGUUCUCCCUGUCCUUCCUGGAGGAGGUGCUGCGCUGCGUCGGCAUGAACGAGGUGCACAAGGCCGUCACCCUGUUCCUGGAGACGCUGGCCAAGCAGCCGGGGAACCCCAGGACCCAGAGGAGUCUGUACCGGGAGUUCCUGUUCCUCACGCUGGCGGCGAUGGGCAAGGACCACGUCGCUGCGUUUGAUAAGAAGUACAAGGCGGCGUGUUCUCGUCUGGGCGGGACCCUGGGGAAGGAGGAGCUGCGGCGGCGGCGCGCUAACCCCCCCAGCGUCAAGGCCGUGGACUGCAGACGCAGCUUCCACCCGCCGCUGGAGUGCUGAGGCCCCGCCCACUGGGGGCGUGGCCACCUGGACCCGGCCCUCUGAAGCCCCGC